UUUAGUUGGAACUCCACGAUCUUUGGCCUGGCAGUGAAUGGCUGCGAAAAGGAAGUAGUCUCAAACCAGAUUCUGUUAGCUUUAUGGAGAACGAAGGCAGCGGAUUUUUCUCACUGACAAAAAACACAUACAGAAUUGAUGCAUCAACAAAACACUACAAUUUAACGGUGGACAUGUUCAGCCGAGCUGGGUUUCUUGAAGAAGCAGAGCAGCUCCUAAAAACCAUGCCAAUUAAGGCAGAUGCAAUCAUACGAGGGGUCACAGUUCGUAGAACAUAUGGGAACACAGAGAUGGUGAAGUGGGCAGCAGAAAAAGUUAAUGAAUGGGUUAUGUUCUUAUGGAGGAUGUUCAUGCUUGACGAUGAAGGCCUGACGGAAGCGCAGGCAGAGUUUACCGGUACGAUUAGGCCUGACAUUUUGGCCCAAACGUUGCCUUGGGCUCGAACUGUAAGGAAGCAUAGACAACUGGGCCUGGAAUUUCAGCCCAAAUGUUGUCCUGGGCUGGAAGUCAAGGAAGUUGGACAAUUGGGCCUAAGAUUUCAGCCCAAAUAAUUGGGCUAGGGCUGCCCAGUUCCCACACACGCACGCUCUUCUCACGUGUGCUCCUUCUAUC